AUGGCGGAAGCACAAGCAAACAGCGGCAGCUGGUCGGCCUUCCUCAAGUCCAUCGCCUCCUUCAAUGGCGAUCUCUCCUCCCUGACCGCCCCUCCCUUCAUCCUCUCGUCGCAGUCCCUCACCGAGUUCUCCUCCUACUGGGCUACGCACCCGCCCAUCCUCAUUGCCGCCGCAGCUGAGGCCGAUCCCGCAAAGCGUGCCAUGCUGGUCCUCAAGUGGUUCCUCUCCACCCUCAAGCACCAGUACGCCAGCCGCAGCGAGCAGUUUGGCAACGAGAAGAAGCCCCUGAACCCCUUCCUCGGCGAGCUCUUCCUGGGCAGCUGGAACGACGAGGCCGGCAAGACGACGCUCAUCUCCGAGCAGGUCAGUCACCACCCGCCCGCGACGGCUUACUGCGUGCGAAACGAGAAGACGGGCAUUCAGCUCGAGGGCUACAAUGCUCAAAAGGCCACCUUCAAGAGCACCAUCAUUGUCAAGCAGAUUGGCCACGCCGUGCUCACCAUCCCCAUCGGCUCCGGAGAGGACAAGGAGCUGGAGCGCUACCUCAUCACACUGCCCUCCCUCCACAUCGAGGGCCUCAUUUUCGGCGCCCCCUUUGUCGAGCUUGACGGCUCAAGUACCAUUGUUAGCUCCAGCGGCUUCUCUGCCAAGAUUGACUACAGCGGAAAGGGCUGGCUGUCUGGUAAGAAGAACACGGUCAUUGCCUCCGUCUUCCCCACCGGCGACGAGAAGGACGUCCUCUACAACGUGACCGGCCAGUGGACCAAGGAAUUCGAAAUCUACCAGGGCCCCGCCAAGAAGAACUCAAAGUCCACGCUGGUGUCCACGUACGACGCCGCCGGCACCGAGCAGACCAAGCUCGCCCUCGCAGACCUCGACAAGCAGCACCCCCUCGAGUCCCGCCGCGCCUGGAGCAAGGUCGCCGAGGCCAUCCAAAAGGGCGACAUGGACUCCGUCUCCAUCGAGAAGACCAAGAUCGAGCAGGCCCAGCGCAACCAGCGCUCCAAGGAGACCGCCGAGGGCCAGCCCUGGGAGCGGAGGUACUUCAACGCCGUCACAGAGGACGAGACCCUUGCGCUGCUGGGCAAGGCCGCCGGCGUGCCCCUGGACGGCGACAAGGACAAGACGGGCGGUCUGUGGAGAUUCGAUGCUGCCAAGGCGGCCAAGGCAGAGGCCGAGCAGCUCAACGACGAGCAGGUUGCGCAGAUCGAGAAAGAGCUUCUGGGUCAGUAA